GCUAGCUCCAGUCUUCUUUGAACUUUGAAGGUAAGCUAAGCUUUCAAGUUUCAACUCUUACACACUGGUUUCCAGUUCUCUUGGAGGGUCCUAGAUUUCAUCUUUAAGGAAACAAAAAGGGUGCUUAAUUUUAUGGAAAGCUCAUCUGCCAAAUGGAUAUCUGAACUGGAAAUGGAAGAUCCUGCCUUUAUCCAUCAAUACGAGAUCAACUCUUUCGGAUACUCACUUGAUGAUCUUGAUUUUCAUUCUUUUUCUGGUGAGAGCUACCCAUCCAACCCAGAUCUCAAUCCCAAAAGCGCAUACAACUUUCAUGCUUCAGUCAUAGAAAAUCCUCAGACUGAGCUUGGGAGACCGGCAAAACAGCUCAAGACAAACAGCUGGAAUUCUUGCGCCACUGACCAUAUUCCUUCAAAGGCUGCUUCUUCAUCUUCCUCACAUUUGAUUUCAUUCGAGAACUCAAACUCACCCCCAGCCAUUUCACAGCAAUUUUAUGGUCUAGACUGCACCAUGAAACCAAAGAGCGAGGCGGCUUCUGAUAGAAAUACGAAUUUCCCAGCUAUGAUUUCUGAGAGUUCCUUUGGGAUGCAAAAUUGUUCAUCAAAACAUGGACAGGUCCCCAAGAAGGUAGCUACAAUGCCUAGAACUCCUUUACAUGCACAAGAUCAUGUAAUAGCGGAGAGAAAGCGCCGAGAAAAGCUCAGCCAGCGGUUUAUAGCACUUUCUGCAGUUGUUCCUGGCCUAAAGAAGAUGGAUAAGGCUUCUGUCCUGGGAGACGCUAUUAAGUACUUGAAACAGCUUCAAGAACGUGUAAAGACACUCGAAGAGCAGGCUGCAAAGAAAACGAUGGAAUCAGUGGUUUUUGUGAAGAAGACUCGACUCUCAGCCGCUGAUGACACAUCUUCAUCUGAGGAUAACUCGGAUAGCGAAUCCAAUGAACAGCUCCCCCAUAUUGAAGCUAGAGUUUUGGAGAAGGAUGUACUUAUUAGAAUCCAUUGUGAGAACCGCAAAGGCUAUGCAGCAAAAAUACUAAGCGAAAUAGAGAAACUUGAUCUAGCUAUCUUAAAUAGCAGUGUCUUGCCAUUUGGAAAUUCGACACUUGAUAUAACUGUUGUUGCUCAGAUGGACGUUGAUUUCUGCAUGACAGUGAAAGAUCUUGCGAGAAACCUACGACAGGCAUUGCUGAAACUCAUUUGACAUAGCUAGCAAAUCACAAAACUUGAAGGAUUGUCUAUGUUUCUUAAUUUCUCUUCUUCUUCUUCUUUCUUUUUUCACAUCAGAAGCGUGGGAUGACUAUGAAUAAGCUCCACUUUUAGACUUGUCUUUUUUAUUUACAGUGUUUUUCUAGCACCAUUUCAGAGAAACGAAGGCCUGUCAAUCUCUCAGAAUAAUUCUGUUGCGAGUUUCACAUUUUCCUUGUUCCUUUUUUCGUGGUUGACCCUUGGACUACGUUCAAUUACCCACGUGUUGUAAAUGAAACUCGCAACUUCUUGGAAGGGUUUUUGAGAGGUUUUGACUUUUCAAACAUAACCUCUUUCUUCCCUCCUUCCCUUUGUAAAAGGAUCUUUGUUAUUACAUUGAGAGACAGUUAGGUAGAUAGGCACUUUCUUUCA